AUGACAACGACCAGCACAUCCAAUCUCAUCAGCAAUGAUCUCAUCGAACUCAACAAUAAAACAGAAUGGCCACCACUCGUUGAUACUACCGCACAAGGAGCUGGACGGAAUGACACAGCCAAAACCUGCUGGCCUCAACGAGGCGACAGUACAAUGCGUUCUCCUACUGUCUCGAUCUCGCGUCGAGGUCCUGACUUGAUCAUCAAAGCAACACGGAAGAAGAAAUUUCACCUAAAGCCUGAUAUCCUCUCUGCUCUCCACGGCUGCCACGAGGUCCCUACUCCUUCCCAUGCGAGUGCUGGUGACACCUACAAUCCAAUGAUUGACACUACUGAAUCAUCUGCAGCUCCAUGA